AUGGACACAGGUGACUGGAGAACUCAAUUACCACAUGAUUCACGCGAGAAGCUCGUCGACAAGAUAAUGGAGACACUAAAGAAGCACCUUCCAUAUUCUGGACCAGAGGGACUUAACGAGCACAGGAGAAUUGCUGCUAGAUUCGAGGAGAAAAUCUUCAGUGGUGCCGUUAACCAGACUGAUUACCUUCGGAAAAUAUCCAUUAAGAUGCUGACUAUGCAGCAUAAAUCGGAAACUGCUGCUGGACCUGCUUCUACUUCAUCUACCAUUCCUGCUAAUAGUCAGGGUACGGGGAAUGAUAAUUCAAGUGUUUCUGUUAUUCCGAAAGCAGAGCCUGGAGAGAACACAGGUGAUUGGAGAACUGAUCUGCCACCGGAUCCACCAGCUCAAUAG